AUGGGCUCGAUAUAUCCAACCGCAUUCCAUGUCAAACGGGUCGCCGUCAUCGGCGCCGGGCCCUGCGGACUGGCCGCCGCCAGCUAUCUCCAAGCCCAAGGCGCAUACGACAAGAUCGCCGUCUUCGAGCAGCAAGCACAGGUCGGCGGCGUGUGGAACUACAACGCCGUCGUGCCGGCGCCAAACCGCGUGCCGCAGACGAGCCCGUUUUGUCCUCCCAAUGGCCCCUCUCGUGUGGCCGGCGAGAAGCUUCCCGUGUUCCCGUCCCCCAUGUAUGACAAGCUGCACGCCAACUUGCCCAAGACCAUCAUGAAGUUCUCGGACCUGGACUUUGCCGAGGAUGCUUGGAUAUACCCCGGCCGCCACGACGUGCAAGACUACAUCAUCAGCUAUUCCCAGCACGUGCGCCAUCUCAUCAGGUUUUGCCUCCAGGUCACGAGUGUGGAGCUGCGGACGGAUCACCUUGGCCACGAUACGUGGCGCAUCCAGGCUCGCUCCACCGUUGACGGCCAGGUCCUUGACGAGACGUUUGAUGCCGUCGUCGUCGCCAACGGCCAUUACUCGACGCCCUUCCUCCCCGACCUCCCCAACAUAGGGCCCUUCCACCAGGCCUAUCCUUCCGUCAUCACCCACUCCCAUAAUUACCACUCUGCUGACGCCUUCAAGGAUAAAAAGACAAUCAUAGUGGGGAACGGCCCCUCGGGGCAGGACAUUGGCUAUCAGAUCAACCGCGUCUCCAAGGGCCAGGCCCUCUAUUCUGUUCGGCACGGCCUGCCCCCAGACAAACUCCGCCACACCGGAUGUCGCGAAAUGGCUGAAAUCCAAGAGUUUCUCAUCGAGGAGAGGGGCGUGCGGCUCAAGGACGGCACCGUCGUGUCAGACGUUGACGCCAUCGUCUUUUGCACCGGCUUUCGCUUCAGCCUUCCGUUCCUGGGCCAUCUCGAAAAAGAAUUCAUCACAAACGGCGUCCGCGUCCACGGCCUGUACCAGCAUCUCUUUUACAUCCCCCACCCUACGCUCGUCUUCCCCGCCCUCAACAUGCGCAUCGUCUCCUUUCCCUUCUCCGAGACGCAGGCUGCCGUCUUCUCCGCUGUCUGGUCUAACAAUCUGACCCUGCCGCCGAAACCGGAAAUGGUUCGCUGGAACAAGGAGGCAGAGGCGACACUAGGCGACAAACUGCAUAUUUUCCCUCCUGUCAAGGACGCAGAGUACAUGAACGAGCUUCACGAUUGGGCCAUGGAAGCCACGAGACCGGGCAAGGAGCCACCUAGAUGGGGCGCUGAGCAAGUCUGGAUAAGGACUAUAUUUCCUGAAGCAAAGGUGGCGUUUGAGCAGCAAGGGUGCAAGGCGACGACUCUGGAGGAGCUGGGAUUCACUUUCGAUGCGUCACAACACGAGCCGUGUCAAUGA